AUAAGGCACAAGAUGGUGACAGCUCGCCAGUCAGAAAGUAUUUCAAUGAAAAACUUGCUAACAGAAGUGCAUUAACAUGGGUACCCAGUUUGAAUGAUACCAGUAUGCACGAUUUGAAAGCAAACUCGCUGGUGAGAUAUCGUUGUAUGAUACAAGAUAUGUAUGACCCUGAAUUUUACCUUGGCAAGUACGAGGUGAAAGAUACUGUAACAGGCAACACAUUUCUGAGGAGUGGUAAAUACAAGGACGUGGCUGAAUGUGGGCCCAAUCAGACAAUAGAUGUGGACUCUAGAAACAAUGUUACUAUGGAUAGAAUGACACUGUAUUGUGUACCAGUGCCUGGUGAAUCUGAAUGGGUUAAAAAAUCAUUCGCAGAUAUGAGUAAGGUUAAAACACAAUGUUAUCCCUCAACGUCUUCAACCAGGGCAAGAGGUAAAAGAAAUCUCGAGGAUGAAUCUGAGGUGACAGACGAACCUAUGGAAAGUCAGAAUGUGGAGACGGGAAAUAAAAGUGGAGAUGUUACCAUGGAAACUGAUGAUGCAAAAUCCAAACGUCAACAAACUACAAAAAGAGGUGGUGAAUCUUUGUACAAAGAAAUUUCAUUACUAGAAAUAAAUUGGCAGAAAUAUACAUUUGAAGGUUGCCAAAAUGAUAAAACGGAAUCUCAAACUUUCCCACUUCCUGGAGAAAAAGGACCAGCAUGUUUAGUAAAGGUAUACGAUGAUAUUGACAAGUUUAAAGUAAAUGACAUGGUCGAAUUUGUUGGUGUGCUGUCGGUCGACCCUUCCUUGGCAAGAUUUGAUAACACUGAGGAGGAUAAUUCGAUGAUAACUGUACAUGAAGAACCACAGGAGGAGGUGAAUGCUCAUUCCCCGCCCCCAUCACUUGUGCCACGCCUUCAUGCAGUGGUGUGCAAGCCACUCAAGCAUGUAAACCCUUUGGUACCUGAAUUAGUUGAAGAUAAGAUACAAGUAUUGGAGAAUAUCCAGGGUGUUUUGAUAGCUUUGAAACAGGAAUUGUUGUCUGUACUGGAGCAUGCUUUACUUGGAGAUAAAAUGGCUGCCAAAUACCUACUGUGUCAUCUUAUUGCCAAUGUAUAUGGUAGAGCUGAUGCUAUGGCACUGGGAAAGUUUUCCGUGAAUUUCAGCAACUGUCCCAACUCUUCAUUAUACUCUGAAUUGUUACACCAUUUACUGUCCAAUCUCGUCACACAGUCUCAUUUACUGCACAUGUCUCUGGACAACAUGAACAAACUUCCAUUCUCACCAAAGAAAGAUUACACUGCAAACAGGCUGCGCUCUGGUAUUUUACAGCUAGCAGAACAUACCAAUAUGACUGUAAAUGAAAUUGCUCUUGAACCAGGACAGCUCGAUGUAAAUGGUGUGAAAAAUAUACAAUCACUUGGAAAUGUUAUAAACUGGCAAAAAGUGGAAUAUGAUUUUGAAUUUCACAGACAAGACUUUCCAUCCAACAUCUCGGCCCUCAUUAUUUCAGAAGGAAGAUCUAUAUUGCCUAGUGAUUGUUUUGUUCCUCUGCAGUGUAAGGAGCAACCAAGUGACCUAAGAAAUUACUUUCAACAGUUAGAUAAAGUACUCACAGAUGAUUUUCUCACGAAAUGUCGGACAUAUAUAGGCUUAGCUAAACACAUGGACUACAGUUUAUCUGACGAGAUUCAAAAGAAAAUACAAGAUGACUUUGUAACUCUCAGGAAGGAUGAUCCAAAAAGUAUGACAGUAGAUGACUUCCAUGCCUUGCUGUCUUUAACCAGAUUGCUGAGUUUAACGGAUUUGAAGGAAUGUCCUACACUAGAAAUAUGGAAUAUGGCUAAAAUUAUGGAAAACUGUCGCAAACAAAGAGUAGCUGAACUGCCUGAGAGACAAAAUUGAAAACGAACAUCUUAACUUUCUAAAGUGAAAAUUGGAAAUAAUGUUUGGUCAAUGCCAUCUGUAUAGUGUCACUGUUCAGUCUAUUCAUAUUACAGUGUUGAAUUCAGUUAAACUUUCAACAAACAGUUUAAAACUUAAUUGGGUUUAUUAUAAAAAGUAAAAGGGAAUUAAAGUUAAAUUGAUUUGAAAAAAAUGAACUAUUGCCACAACAAUGAUAAACAUGUAUACAUGUAUAUAUAAACAACAGAAUCAUUCAUGUUUUCAUUAUUUAACAUUGCUAUUUUUUUUGAUAUGCAUGUUAGUUUUGGAUAAAUUGUUUUAUGUAUCAUAUUACAAAUAUACAAAUAAAAUAUGUAAAAUAUUCAA